GCCUCAGAGACGCCACCUCCGUCUAAAGAGGAGACUCCAGAUAAGUCACCGGAAACGCAAGUGAGGAAACUUGAAGAAGAAUCGUCUGAAGGAGGGAAUAGCUCCGAGGAGAGUGAAAUAGACAAUUUGCGCGCUCCUGUGAUCUGCGUUCUGGGUCAUGUCGAUACUGGAAAGACGAAAAUGCUGGAUACCAUUCGGCGAACAAAUGUUCAAGAUGGUGAGGCUGGUGGUAUAACACAACAAAUUGGUGCCACCCAGGUGCCAGCCGACGCGAUUAAGGAGCGGUGUAAGCAAGUGAGAGACUUCAAUCCAGAUGCUGUGAAGAUUCCAGGCUUCCUUAUUAUUGACACACCGGGUCACGAAAGUUUUGCUAAUCUUCGUUCUCGUGGAUCAUCGCUUUGUGACUUCGCCAUACUUGUGGUAGACAUUAUGCAUGGACUUGAACCGCAAACGAUUGAGUCGCUGAAAUUGCUCCUCAAGAGGAAAACACCAUUUGUUGUUGCUCUGAACAAGAUUGAUCGAUUAUACGGAUACGAAUCGAACCCACGCAAAGACGUCUAUCAACAUUUGAAAUCUCAACCACAAAACACACAACUCGAGUUUAAAGAGCGCUACGAUAAGAUUGUUGGAGAAUUCGCUGAGCAGGCUCUCAACGUUUGCCUGUCCUACCAGAACAAAAACCUUGAUGAAUACAUCAGUAUGAUCCCGCCUCUGCUUUCAUGGGGGAGUGGAAUAGAAAUUGAUGUGCCCCCGCUUCUAUCAUUGUGGAACAGCACAGAAGCACCGAACGCUGAUAAGUUGUGCCUACACGGAAAGAAUUGA